GCCUUUUGAGAAAGGCCUUCUAGGCCCCUACCCCAAUCGACAAAACAUCAGUACUAAUAGCUAGCUAAGCUAUCCAGCGAUAUAGCUCAGAAUGUUAAAUUGUUGCAGGUUUUGCAUCUAAUAUUAAUAUGUACUAUAUUUCUUAAAGUGAUGACUUUCUAAAGUAUAUAGACAAUUGUCGUUUUCACCGCAUUUUUGUAAUAAUAUAAAUUGCAACUGCUGGAAAUGCUAUUGCUAGUUAGCGACCAGCGCUAGCUCGUUUAUUUAGCCAAAUAUGGCGUAGAACAGAUCUUCAACUGGGUUUAGAAAGUCGCAGAGCGACAGUAUUGCACGCUUGUUGGAGUCUUUACACAAGCCGUAUAGAUUUCACGUAAUUAUGAUCAUACAUUCAAUUUGUGCUCAGCAUUUUUUAUUCUUUUUCCCCCCAAAGGAAUCCUGAUCAAUGAGGCUCGAGUUGUACUAUGUCUGUACUGUCUGCGUUUUGACUACGCAGAAUGUAAACAAGCCAUCAUAUUGGUUGCGUCUGGGCGUGCACUCGGCUGUCUUUCGGUGGUUCACCUCCCUGUCUUCAAAACAAAGCGUAUUACUUGUCUGGUGGUUAGAAUCAAAUGUAGUUAGAAAAGAGUUAGAAUCAAAUGUAAAUAAUGGAGAAAGGAUGGACCAUGGUGGAGUGGUCUUGAACUUUCAGAUGCAGGACUCAAAGAUGCCCCACACAAUGAUAAUGCAGGAUUUUGGUAUGGGUGGUAUGGCCCACAUCGACGGUGACCACAUUGUCGUAUCUGUGCCAGAGUCAGUGCUGGAGUCUGAUGUGGUGAAUGACCAGGAGGGCAUCACAUUUGAGCAUGAUCUGGGGUCAGAGGUUGUAGAGGGGCCAGAUAUCUGCUGCAGCAAUGAUCCUAGCGGAAUCAUCCUGACAGAACCAGUCUUAGGAGCCCAGGUGGACAUCGAAGAGGUGCUGGAAUCUGACCACCAUCACCGUGUGCUGACCGCAGAUCUCAUUGAGGAAUCUUCCAGCGUUCCUGAACAGGUGUUUGAGACGGUCCCUGAGGAGGUCUUGGUCUCUAGCUCCCAGACAUAUGUGGAGGAGCAGGAGGAGAUUGAAGAUUCUGCUGUCACCGUGGAGGAGCAGGACGAGGAGGAUAGAGGGAGUGUGUCUGAGGACUACCUGAUGAUCUCCUUGGAUGAUGUCAGGGAGAAGCUGAAUAUUGAGGACACCUCACUCAAGAUCAGUUCAGAGGUGAUGCAUGAGGAAGAUGGCUUCAAAGACGCCGCCAGCAACUCUGAAUGCAUCAAGGUCUACAUCUUCAAGUCAGAGGCUGAUGAUGACAUAGGUGGCACAGAGAUUGUAGCAGAGAGUGACUUCCACAACGGCCACACGGUACUGGAGACUGGGGGCUUUGGCAAACUGUCGCGAGAGAAGAUGAUCUACAUGGCAGUGAAAGCUCCAUGCCAGGAGGAUUCAGAGAUCAACAGCACUGAGAUUGCUGAUGAGGUGUACAUGGAGGUGAUAGUGGGAGAGGAGGAUGCCCCUGCCAAACAGGACUCACUCCAGGACUCCAGCCACAAUAAGGGUUUUGGCACCGUAGCCUGGGCUGCAGCCUAUGGUAACAGCCUGGACUCCAAGCUGGAGAACAAGAACACCACAGGGGCACAUUACCUGAAGAUCAGCGAUAGCCUCAGUAUAAGUAGAGCCGUCAAACAGAAAAUCAAGAAAAAGAAGAAGGGAGAGACACGUCAAUGUCAGACAGCUGUGAUCAUCGGUCCAGAUGGUCAGCCUCUGACUGUGUACCCCUGCCAGAUCUGCGGGAAGAAGUUCAGAUCGCGAAGCUUCCUGAAGAUCCAUAUGAAGAAUCACCCGGACCACAUGUUCAAGAAGAAGUACCAGUGCACAGACUGUGACUUCACCACUAACAAAAAGGUACAUUUCCACAACCACCUGGAGGGCCACAAGCUAAUAGUGAAGAGUGAGCGGGCUCCAGAGCUGACAGAGUUCACACGGUACUGUGUUGAGAGCCCCCUCAGUUCCAGCAGGCUCAUCCUGCGUGACCAGGAGCCCAAGCUGCACCACUGUAAGUACUGUGACUAUGAGACAGCUGAACAAGGCCUGCUCAACCGCCACCUGCUGGCUGUUCAUAGCAAAAGCUUUGCCCAUGUGUGUGUGGAGUGUGCUAAAGGUUUCCGCCACCCCUCUGAGCUCAAGAAGCACAUGAGGACCCACACGGGUGAGAAGCCCUACCACUGCCAGCACUGUGAGUUCCGCUGCGCUGACCAGUCUAACCUGAAGACACACAUUAAGAGUAAGCAUGGAGCUGCACUGCCCUUUAAGUGUGCCCACUGUCCCCAAGCUUUCCCCGACGAGCGGGAGCUGCAGAGACACAUGGACAUCUUCCAGGGCCACAAGACACACCCCUGUCCGCACUGCGAGCAUAAGAGCACCAACUCCAGUGACCUGAAGCGCCAUAUCAUCUCUGUGCACACCAAGGACUUUCCUCACAAGUGUGAAGUGUGUGAGAAGGGCUUUCAUCGGCCCUCUGAGCUAAAAAAACACGCAGAGACUCACAAAGGUGCCAGGCUGCACCAGUGCCGCCACUGUGACUUCAAGACCCCAGACCCGUUCAUACUCAGUCGCCACAUCCUGUCCGUCCACACCAAAGACCUGCCGUUUAAGUGCAAGCGCUGCCGGCGGAGCUUCAGGCAUCAGCCGGACCUGAAGAAGCACAUGAAGAGCCACAGUGGGCGUAAGGUCUACCAGUGCCAGUACUGCGAGUACAGCAGCUCGGACGCUUCUGGGUUCAAACGGCACGUCAUAUCUAUCCACACCAAGGACUAUCCCCACCGCUGUGACUACUGCUCCAAAGGCUUCCGCAGACCCUCGGAAAAGAGCCAGCACAUGGCACGGCAUCACAAGGAUGUUUUACAUUGACUUUGCGCGCACUAUUCAGGACAGUCAUUUACAUGCUCUCUAUAAAGAUGGGGAAAUAAAAUGAUUUAACUGUGUUAAGGAUGACUGGUCACAUUUUCUUACAUCUUAAUUAUUUAUUAACAGUCUUUGCCCUGACGUCACCAUUAGCAUCACCGGGUGCUAUUCAAACAUACCUUAAGUCAGGUGAAUCCCAAAUCAGAACAUUGCUGAAAGAUGCCUUGACUGUUUGAAUAGCCUUUUGUAUGCAGUAUUAGUGCUAAAACAAUGUUGUAAUAAGACAUUUUAACUAAUUCCAUGUUUGACUUUUGACUGUAUUUUUACUUUCGAUCUAGGAGUAAUCGUUAUCUGAAGUCAUUUUUAUUUAUCUUACAGCUUGCAAUAAAUGGCAGAUUCAAAGACCCAGUAAUAAUUGCAAACAUAAACAGUCAUGUGUGUCAGUAUUCUCUGUAUGCAAAAGGGUGAAAGGGACAUUAGGGACCCAGCUUUUGAAUCGUGUUUGCCUGUUAUGCUUUGAAAUAAUUGUUGUCAAACAAUCGGGGGUUCACUUUUUUCCUGUGUUCCCACUGGUCAUGUGGCUCAAAGCCAACAACAUCAUGUUCACUGUCAGGAAUCAUGUGUCCGAUAAAAUCAGUGUUCUCAAAUCAGUGUUCUCAACCGAACUGGUAAUCUUAAGUAAAUAAAGGUCUCCUGAUGAAACUA